AUGGCGGCUUCAGUGAAUGAAUUUGAGCCGUGGUUAUGUGCAAAGUUAAAGUCUUUGAAAACAGACGAAAAUGUUUUUGGACAUUACAUAUCUGGAAUAUUAGAAACAGAGGAAUCUAUAGAUGAAAAGAAAGAUGCCCUUGAGGGUAUACUUUCGGAAGUUGUGGAGAGUGAUAUAACAGACCAUGUAAAUGAAAUCAUAGAAAAAUGGGAAUCAUGUAAGCCUAAAGAAGAAGUCUUAAAACCCGUAGCUGAUGUAGAUAUCCAAUUAGCUAAGCUUCUAGAUUCUCAAUCUCUUGCAACGACAACCCGACGAGAAUACACUGAUGAGGAAAAGAAAAUACGCGAAGCAAUUCUUUCGCAGUAUAGUCAACUUUCUGAUAAUGAGGAAGAUCAGGACAAUGAAGAGGAACCAGAUAGUCCAGAUUUAGUUAAAAAUACAAAUGCUUUAGAUGUAGCAGCUGCUGCUAGAGAGAGAAGGGAACAAGCUAGGCUUGAGGCACAGCGCAAAAAAGAAAAGGAUAGAGAAGACAGAGAGAAACAGAAACAACUUAAGGAGGAAAAGAAAGAAAAGCGCAAGACACAAAAAGGUGAAAGGAAGAGG